AUGGUGUUCUUCACAUAGACUCUGUGCAGCUCCGUGAUUCGGAUUUUAGUGUCCUUGUUCGUUGAAGCCGCGGCUUCUUAAUCUGCCAGCGCUAUAGCGCCAAUAAUUGCUUGCUGGCGCCACCGCACGCCAGAUUGGGCAGCGCCGUAGCCGUUGACGGCAGUGCCGCACAUCAUCUCGAGAGGUGCUCGAGCUGACCGGGCAGCUAAUGCAGCAGCUUCGACGAGGUCGACGAUACCGGCAGCUUCGACGAUACGAGAAGCCAAAGGGCAGGGCCGCGACGCACUGCACCAAUCGUGAGCUGCCGCUAAUCAGAGGGUCAUACGAAUCUCCUCUGACACUUGUGGCUGCAACCUCACUCACACCUCCCGUAACAUUGCGCAACGAUCUGAGGAGAACGGCGGCGGGCCAAAGCGCACUGGCGACAUGCCAUCAAGAGUUCCUUUUCCCCAGUAGUCUCUUCGGCUCUGUGGAUGAUUCAUGGAUCCAGGGCUUGAGUUCGGAUGCGGUAUAUUGAUCGGGUACGUGCGUACUCGAGGCUCCGUGGAGCACAUACCUUUGCAAACUAGAAGGUGAAGCUCCGUCAAUCAUGAUCAUAUCAUGUAGAGAAGUGAUCUGCUUGUAGAGUCGUAUGGUAAACCCUCUCUCGGUGGCGCAGCGCAUUAGGCGUGAAGUUUCUCAGAUUGUUGAAAGUCAAACUGAGUACAACGUGCCGGGGUUGGGGAGGCACCAGCACAAGCCCCCGUGACCUUGAACGUCGAAAGAAACCUUGAUCAACAAUUGGUGUUUGCAACAACCCAAAACCCCGACGAAGAAUCUGAAAACUGUCAAAGACAACUCACAGGAUCUUUGACUUUGUCCACCGUCGGAUGCGAGGAAAGCGAGAGCUAAUUCGUGGCAAGAUGCUUAGGCACGUGAUA